ACCUUGAAUAUUAAUCCUCAGUUCUGACGUUGCGCGUUCUUCCUCCGACUGGAUCAUAAAUAUUAAUUAACCAGCCGUCUCGCCUUACUUACAGCAGUGUCUUAUCAUGAUAUAAAGGGAAGCACCCCUUUCCAGAGCCCAGUAAUGGUAGCGUCUGCUGUAAUAGUGGCUCUCUUUUCCUCACCUUCGCCAAAAGCGGAUCCGUUUCCACAAAAUCGCCGCUGAGGUCCGGAGAAUCGGUCUCUUCAUCCGAGCUCGAGCAGGAUUCAACAACCGCCAAACUGGAGCACUUCAGAAUGACCAUGUUUAAAGGCAAACGUCGAAAUAACCGGUAUAUUAACAUGGCUGGAGAGCCCAAACCCUACAGGCCUAAAGCAGGAUCCAAACGACCCCUGACUGCUGUCUACAGUGGUUAUGAAUUUGAUUAUGAUUACUACAGGGAAGAUUUCUACAACAGGCUCUUUGAUUAUCAUGGACGGGUGGCUCUUCCACCGAGGGCAGUGAUUCCUCUGAAACGCUCACGAGUUGUUCUUCCGUCCACUCGUCGCGGAAAAAGCUCCUUCCCUAUGAAAUCCUCCUCCUCUUCUUCCUCAAGACCCCCAUCGUCAUCGUCGUCCUUCUCCUCCGGGCUGAAAUUGAAGUCAGAUCAACUUCAGACCAUCAAACGUGAGCUGACGCAGAUCAAGAUGAAGAUUGACUCUCUUCUGGGCCGCUUGGAGAAGAUCGAGAAGCAGCAGAGAUCUGAAUGUGAGCCUCAUAGGAAAUACGAAGAUAACUGUGACUCUCUGCAUGAGGGUUCGAUAUCAGAAGCAGCAGAAAACUCUGGAGAAGAGGGAGGAGACGGAGUGCUGGACGCCGAGGCUGGAGAAAUGACGGAUGGAGGAGAGGAUGACUACGAUGAAGAGGGCAGCACUGAUCUGAUGGAGAAUCAUGUGUCCGACAUUGAUAACUGAAGUUUUGUUUUUAGAGUUCUGCAUCGAGAGAGAAAUCAACUCUGCGCUGUACAGAAGACUCCCGAAUCUCAGUCAAGAAAGACCGACGUCUCUUCUUACAGAGGCUCCAAGGCUCUUCAUUGGCUGUUUAGACGCAGAGCAAAUAUUUUGACAAGUUUAGCAUCUGCUAGUCACAACUGCUGUUUCUCAUUUCUCAGCGUUUGGCACACCCGCUUUAUUUGAUUUGCACACAUCCUCUAAAAGUCAAAGAUCACAAUUAAUUUUGUUCAUCAUGCGAACACGACAGCUUGGUUUUUCCGUCAAGGAUAAUUUCCCUUGAGCAAAUAUGAAGGGUUUUUGCAGUCUCUGUGUGUGGAAAAUGAGCCUUAAAUGUCAGAAAAAUCUAACUUGAUAUUUUUGAAAGCUUCUCUAUCAACAGAUUUGAUUUCAGUCAUUAUUAAGGAUUUUAAAAAUAAUAAUUAUUAGGUCUGACAAGAAACUGUUUA